AUGGCCUGGCGAUGUUUCGGCUCUAGCUGCUACAACAGGGGGGGGGCUCCGCAGGUGGUGAUGCCGCACCUGGGCAGCCUCACGGGGGGGCACACCACCCCAGACCUGACGGGGAAGCCUCUGAAGGGGGUGGUGUUCGACCUCAGCCGCCUCGGCGUCAGCUGCCAGGAUAACGACGACCUCGUGGAGCUGCCCAGGAGCUACACGGAGCUGUACGGCCUGGCCAGGAACCCUCACGCUUCGGCGGCGGCGGCGGCGGAGGGGGCUGCGGCAGGGCUUGAGACGGACCCGGCGGUGUGCCUUGUCUUCGGCCAGGUCCUCGCUGCCGGGGAAAAGGGAAUGGGGCACGUGGGAGAGUGCACCCUGCACGCGAGAGAGUGCGGGGCCGGCGUGGGCGCCUCGGCCGGCGUGGGCGCCUCGUUUCUGGUGCAGAGGCGAGUGGAGUCGCCGUGGUUCGGUUUCAGACGCGAACGCACCGGGUACCGAAGACAUGAACAGACCACGGGACCACGCGAUUCUCUCUGCUCAAUCUAUGAUGGGUGUGUGGUGUUGCUCAUCCGAGACAGCAGGGGCGCCUAUUACCCGUCCAUCUACCUCGACGAUCACGGAGAAGAGGACGCACAGCUUCGACACGGCCGCCCGUUGUUCCUGAACAAGCACCGGUAUGACUCCCUGAGGCAGCUGUACCUCCGACACAAAGUAGCCCAGGAGGUUUUGGCCAUCCGCGCCAGCUCGGAUCGGGUCAUCAGGGAGAACUAUAAUACUACUAAGGCAGACCAGGAUAUGGGCGUGAGGGAGCAAACGAAAAAUACAGGAGGAUGGUGUCCCACGUAA